UCAUCUUCUUGAUCCCAAUUCCUAUCUGUCAGUUCCUUCUCAGCAUUUCUUUUGGCCAUGUUUUCGAACCUCCUCGGCGGCCGCCGCUGCACUCGCUGGGUCUUGGGUGCGGCGAAACCCGGGGCGCAGCGGCGCAGGGGUCUAGAGCGGCUGGUGGUCGCCGGGCUGAGUGCGCUCGGCCGCUUCCGGUGCUGCGCUGCGGGCCUCAGAGGACUUCGUGCUCGGCAAGCCCAGAGACUCAAACACCAUGUCCCCGGGGGGCUCCUCACGCUGUGUUCGGCAGGGAGGCGAGAGCACCGGUUCAGCCGGAGACCGCUGGGGGAACCGCGCCGAACACGCUCCGGGCGGCCAUUUUGUAACUCGAAUCUACCCCCAAAACCAAUUCGAAAAAAAGGGAGGAAAGAAACGCCCGCGUUCAGCUACUGCGCAAGCGCGCCGGCGCUUCCGGCAGUACCACCUCCUUCCGCCGGCCGGGCCCCUUACGCGGCGCAUGAGCCCAGAUCCCUGGAAACCGGCGCUGGGCUGAGACUGCCGGUCUCGCGCAAGCGCGCACGCGCCGACGUUAAUCUCGGAGCCGGCGCCAGCAGCAGCGGCUUGGGGUGUCGGCUCAAGUGGGGCCGGCUGCGCGUCUUCCAGGCUGUUCGCGCGCUAGUCGCCGCUGAGGGGCCGGCGACGCACGAGGAGUUCCGGCGAGGAAGGUCGGUCAGUGGACAUGGCCAAGGCCCGCGGUGUCCGCGUGUGGGAGCUGCAGGGCUGAGGAGAGGCCGCCCGCGACCCUCGGGAAUAGUUCCCUUUAUGGGCACAACUGCUUAAAGAAACCAGAUGGGCCGGGCAUGGUGGCUCACGCUUGUAAUCCCAGCACUUUGGGAGGCCGAGGCGGGCGGAUCACGAGGUCAGGAGAUCGAGACCAGUGAAACCCCGUCUCUACUAAAAAUACAAAAAAAUUAGCCGGGCGUAGUGGGGGGCGCCUGUAGUCCCAGCUACUUGGAAAGGCUGAGGCAGGAGAAUGGCGUGAACCUGGGAGGCGGAGCUUGCAGUGAGCCGAGAUUGUGCCACUGCACUCCAGCCUGGGAGACAGGGAGAGACUCCGUCUCAAAAAAAAAAAAAAAAAAGAAACCAGAUGGCCCCAGGAUGGUGCCAGAGCUUCUUGACCCCUUAUCAGAUACCAGAGGAAGAUAAGACUGCAGAGUGGAAUGGGAUAGGCAACCCCUAGUUGGCUUCAGAUCAUUAUCGUGUCGUUAUAAUGCUAAAAUUCCCUCUCCUAAAAGAAAGUCUCCACCAUUUUGUGUACAUGUGAUGUAUGAAGACAUGUGUUUAUAAAUUGUGCGUGCACAUUUAGAGUCUCACUUUGCACAUGCUAACAUUCCUCUCCUGUCCCACACCUAGUCCUGAAAACUCCAUGCCUUCUAGUGUUUGGGGAGAAGGGGCAUUUAGAGUAAGAGCUCCUUCCCUGGCCAGCGACUAAAACCUGGUUACCAUUUACAGUUGGAUGUCCUCUGUGUAAGUCGAUACAAAGUGGGGAAAGAGCUGAGUUUACCAGUGAUGACUGGAAGACCUUCUCUUUGAGAUUUGUACCAAACCAGGUCUCAGUCUGCCUGUACCUGCUCUGUCAUUGCUUUCACUGUUGACCUGCUUGCUGCUUUACCCUUUGUGUCUGGCCGUCUCUUAUACUUAGCCUUCUUUCCUCCUGUCCAUCUCUACCCUCUUUCACAUACUUUUUCUCAGUUUUGUGACUUUAGCAGACCUUUUCGGCUGGCCCCCAGCACAUCCCAUGGCCUGGCAGCAGGUGGUUUCUGCCUGGAGGGCUGAGCCAUCAAAAGAUUUCAAGAUGUAUAUUUUGUAAGGCAAAGCCUGUACUCAUAGAUUUUGUGAAGGACCUGGUUGGGGAAACAGGAGAAAAAUUGGAUGGGAAAAAAGUAGUAAGCAAUUUUACUGUGUGAGAUAUUAGUGGGCGAGAUAACAUUGAAGCAGUGCUUGAUUAAAUGCCAAAUGAAGUUCCAAUGGUAGCUGAGAGAAGGGAGGGGAGAGACCAUUUCAGACAGGGCCUGUGUUAGUCUGCUUGCACUGUUGUAGCAAUGUAGCACAGACUGAGUGGUUUAAACAAAAGAUUGAUUUCCUCACCAUCCUGGAGUCUGGAUAUCCAAGAUCAAGGUGUCAGCAGGGUUAAUUCCUUCUGAGGACUCUCCUUGGCUUUUAGAUGGUCACUUUCUCCCUGUGUCUUCAUGGUCUUCCCUCUUUAUUUUGUCUGUGUCUCUAAUCCCUUAUACAAACAGCAGUCAGGCUGGGCACAGUGACUCACGCCUUGUAAUCCCCGCACUUUGGGAGGCUGAUACAGGAGGAUCAGUUGAGGUCAGGAGUUUGAGAACAGCUGGACCAAUAUGUUAAAACCCCGUCUCUACUGAAAAUACAAAAAUUAGCCAGGAGUGGUAGCUCACGCCUGUGGUCCCAGCUACUUGGGAGGCAAAGGCAGGAGAAUUGCUUGAACCUGGGGAGGGCGAGGUUGCAGUGAGCUGAGAUCACACCACUGCACUCCAGCCUGGGCAACAGAGCAAGACUCCAUCUCAAAAACAAUUAAGGCCGGGCGCAGUGGCUCACGCCUGUAAUCCCAACACUUUGGGAGGCCGAGGCAGGCAGAUCACUUGAGGUUAGGAGUUCGAGACCAGCCUGGCCAACACAGUGAAACCUCAUCUCUACUAAAAAUACAAAAAUUAGCUGGGCAUGGUGAUGCACAUCUGUAGUCCCAGCUACUUGGAAGGCUGAGGCUGGAGAAUUGCUUGAACCCAGGAGGCAGAGGUUGCAGUGAGCUGAGAUUGUGCCAUUACACUCUAGCCUGGGUGACAGAGUGAGACUCCGUCUCAGACAAAAAAAACUAAUCUUAAAGUAUGUACAUUGUUUUAGACAUAAUGCUGUUGCACUUAAUAGACUACUGUAUAGUGUAAACAUAAAUUUUACAUGUACUGGGAAACCAAACAGUUUGUGUGACUUGCUUUAUCGAGAUACUCGCUUUAUUCUAGAACUGAACCUGCAAUGCUCACAAUCUCUCCAAGGCGUGCCUAUAUACUACAAGCACUGUUUUGCUCUCCUCAAUUGUUGUUAAAUCUUUAGGGGCAAGGACCCUGUCUUGUCAUUCUGUUUUCUCAGUUCCUAGGUUCUUAGUACUUGCUUAAUAAAUAUUGUCUGGAACAAAUUGAACAAGCUUUUCUUUUGGGUUCUACCAAUAUUUAGUCACCACAGGGGGUUCAUUCCCACUGAGCAUUUAAAACUCCAACCUAUGCCUUACCCUAUUUCCUUAAUGCGUUUGGUACUGUUUUCUCAUGUAUAACAUGAGAGAAACGUUGCCUACUCAAAGGUUUGUUGUUAGAUUAGGUGGCUUGGAGGGUAUGAAAGUAUUUGAUUAACUGUAAAGCAAAGUACAGAUGUAAACUAUGGUUGUUAUUGUGGCAGAGGUUGCAAUUAAUAGUUGGACACUAAAAUCUGGUCUCCCCUUCUUCCACAGGAACAGAAUUGCCAUCGGGCUCAGGGAGAGAUUACACUUCUUGUCUGCUUUGUUGCUAGUGUGGCCUUGUGGCCAAGCACAGAACAUGUGCAGUGAUGAUGGUGCAACUUCUAGGUCAUCCCCAGCAUGGAAGAUGAGCCCUGGGCAUGGAAGAUGAGCCCUGGGCAUGGAAGAUGAGCCCUGGUCCUGCAGCGGUGCUCUUUCCUCUUCUCACAAGCUGGAAUGUGCAUGUGCUCCCACCCAGCUUUGACCAUGGGGAGAAGACAGUGCUCUGCAGUCUGGCAGAGCAACAAGGUGGAAAGGGCCUGGGUCCUUGAGUGAUGUCAUGAGCCCUCCCACUGUCCCAGACCUUGGGACUGUUAUAUGAUAAGGACUUUCUGUGAGUCACUGUCUUUUAGAGUCUCUCUGUUUUAGCUGCCUGGACUUUAUCCUGGAUAAUAUGGCUGUUAUCAUGGGUAUAGUGUUACUAUGAGCCUCACCUAAGUAAUUUCUACUCUGCCUUUGACUACUAAACUCAUGUGGGCCAACAGUCACUUAGCAUUAUUUUUUCCUCAAUGAAGAGGUUAAGAUGGAGGGAGCAGGAGAAAUUGAGGCCUGUGUUUUACCAGAAGGUGAAGGGUUGUCUUUGCCUUUCCUACAUUCGUGAAGAAUAAUUCUAGACAAAAACAUUAAGCUCAUAUCAAAGCAUCUGCUUUGUGAAGCCAUGGGCUUUGCUAGAACUUUCUGUGACAUGACAUUUAUUAACCCGAGUCUACCUGGAAGUUAGAGCUGAGGAAGUUUUCCUAGAGUGGAAAAAGUCCAAUGCACUUGUAAAAGUCAGACCAAGCUCAGCUCAGAUUCCAGUUUUAUUAGAGGUAUGUCACCCUCCUGAGCCCUUAUUAUUUCCCCAUCUGUGAAAUGAGGACACUGCUCUCUCUGUCUAAGUGUUGCUGGGAAGAUCACACACCACUGAGACAGAAGGUGGGGCUAGCGCAGUUCUGGGCAUUUUGUACACCCCCAACAAAUAUUGAUUUAUUUCCUUCUUUUUCCUUGCUCAGAAAAAAUUGAAGAAGCCUUUAUUUUAAAAUUCCUCCUGAAUUACUUUAUUUUAUUUAUUUAUUUAUUUUUUGGAGACAGAGUCUUGCUCUGUCGCCCAGGCUGGAGUGCAGUGGUGCGAUCUCAGCUCACUGCAACCUCCGCCUGCUGGGUUCGAACGAUUCACCUGCCUCAGUCUCCUGAGUAGCUGGGAUUACAGGAGCCCACCACCAUGCCCGGCUAAUUUCUGUAUUUUUAGUAGAGACGGGGUUUCGCCACAUUGGCCAGGCUGGUCUCGAACUCCUGAUCUCACGUGAUUGGACCACCUCAGCCUCCUAAAUUGCUGGGAUUACAGGCAUGAGCCACCGUGCCCAGCCCUUGAAUUACUUUAGAUCCUACUUUUUAAGAAAAUAUUUGGCCAGGCGUGGUGGCACACACCUGUAAUCCCAGCAAUUUGGGGGCCUGAGGUGGGUGGAUCACUUGAGUCUAAGAGUUCGAGACCAGCCUGGCCAACAUGGCGAAACCCUAUCUCUAUUAAAAAUACAAAAAUUAGGGCCGGGUGCGGUGGCUCACGCUUGUAAUCCCAGCACUUUGGGAGGCCAAGGCGGGCGGAUCACGAGGUCAGGAGAUCGAGACCACGGUGAAACUCCGUCUCUACUAAAAAUACAAAAAAAAUCAGCCGGGCGUGGUGGCGGGCGCCUGUAGUCCCAGGUAUUCAGAGAGGCUGAGGCAGGAGAAUGGCGUGAACCCGGGAGGCGGAGCUUGCAGUGAGCCGAGAUCGCGCCACUGCACUCCAGCCUGGGUGACAGAGCCAGACUCUGUCUCAAAAAAAAAAAAAAAAAAUAUAAAAAUUAGCCAGGCAUGGUGGUGGGCGCCUGUAAUCCCAGCUACUCAGGAGGCUGAGGCAGGGAGAAUCACUUGAACCUGGGGGGCAGAGGUUGCAGUGAGCCAAGAUAGCACCACCGUACUCCAGCCUGGGCGACAGAGCAAGACUUUGUCUCAAAAAAAAAAAAAAAAGAAAGAAAAUACUUGAUGUUCUUUUUAAAAUGUAUAUGGUUUACAAAUAAAGUUUACAAAUGCUUUUA